AUGAUAUGGAGAUGUUCGUCCAUCCUUUCAACUCUUUUAAUUUUUCAGAUAGUUAACAGUCAAAGAGUAACAAAUCACUUACCGAAAGAUAUUAUAAUCCAUUUUGAUCUCAAAGGCGCUCCACCUCGUCCAACCUACUUCCUAGAUCUUUUGACUACUAUUAGUAAACUUGGAGCUACUGGUAUUAUUAUAGAAUGGGAGGAUAUGUUCCCAUACUCUGGUCGGUUAGAAAGAAUGCGGAAUGGAAAUGCUUAUUCAAUGGAAGAAACACUGAUGAUUCUUGACCAUGCUCAUAGCCUGGGAUUAACGAUUGUUCCUCUUGUUCAGACAUUGGGUCAUCUAGAAUGGAUCUUAAAAACAAAGGAAGCUGCUCAUUUACGAGAAGACCCACGCUAUCCAAUGGUUGCUUGUAUCGGAGAUGAGGAAGCUGUAGACUUGAUAUUGGAAAUGGUUAAUCAAGUGUUGGAUGUUCAUGCCAAGUACCCAUUGCCUUUCUAUCAUAUAGGAGCUGAUGAAGUAUACCAAAUCGGAAUUUGUGAAGCUGAUAAAAUGAAACUGUCAUCGAAAUUCCAAAAUGACACAAAACGUUUAGUUUAUAAUCAUAUUCAACAUGUUUCACUCAACAUAUCUCAGCAGCAGCCAAAUACUAAGGUCCUUAUCUGGUUUGAUGAGUUGAGAAAUGGGAGUCCUGAACUCAUUGAAGAAUACCAAUUGGAUAAGCUAGUUAUACCAGUUGUGUGGAAGUACACGGAUAACCUGGAUAAGGAUCUUCCUAUCGAAAUGUGGACAAAGCUUUCAAAGUCUUUUCGACAAGUUUGGGGUGGGAGUGCUUUUAAAGGAGCGGAUGGUGCAAACAAAAUUUGGAACCGCAUGAAGCCAUAUGUUCAAAACAAUAAACAAUGGUUCCUUCAGAGUGUUAAAUAUUCGGCAAUCUUCUCCGAUUUUCACGGAUUCAUAAUGACAGGAUGGCAACGGUAUGAUCACUUCGCUUCGUUGUGCGAAACAUUCCCCGUCUCCAUGAGCUCGUUAGCAUUGAACAUAAAAAUUCUUCAGAAUUUUGUAAUUAUAGAAAAAGAUAUUUCUGAGAUUGCUAUCAAUCUCAAAUGUCCAAAGAAUACAAACAUUAGUUCAAUAUUGUCAGGAACAGAUAAAUGUCGAUUUCCUGGUUAUAACGUACGCGAUCUAAUUCGGUCAUUUGAAAAAAUCAAGCUGUACUAUGAGAACUCAACAUGGAUUCACAACAGGGAAAACGGAUGGCUUCAAUCAUCACAGAUGCUCUUAGCUGCUUCCAAUCCCUACAAUGUAGAUGUGGUGGGAAAAAUUUACUCAAGCUCCAUAAGUAAAAUAGAAAAGUUGAUAUCUGAUCUGCGAAUAUCAUUGAUUGAGCUCUACUAUGAUGAUAUGGUAGAAGAGAUGCUGAUUGAUUAUAUUUAUCCAUUUUAUGAUUUAUUAAGAACAAGACUAGCAAGUGUUUCAAGGAUUGACAAUAGGAACUACUAUCCACCACGACCUUGGCUAAGCGUAGAGAAAGAAUAG